UGUUCAGCUGUCAAUAAGGAUGACCUUCCAAAAAUGACAUUGUUGGGUGCUGGAAAGGUUUUCAGUUCCGAGGACAGCACAGUAACGGAUAAGGAUAUUGAAGAUAUUCUAGAUAAAAGAGAGAAGACAAUGACACAACCUAAAGCAAAAAUACAAAAAAUCGCUAAGGAUAGCAUUAAAUUUAGUUGGAACAAGCAUAAUUGUUAUUGGGAUGAACAUCGCAGCAUGUCAGAGAAGAAAGUAAAAAAUAAGAAAGAUACCAUUGAGGGGGAAGCCGAAGAUCAGCGGGAUCCUUUGAUGCCCGAGGAGACAGAAUGGAAGGGACGUAGCCCAUGUUGUUAUUUAGUUGACUACAUGGAUACUGGUACUGAAGCUCGAAGAGAAGAUGAAAUACAGAAUGAGGAACAAGAACCUGGCUUCGGUGAUUUAGUUGGAGUGAUAGCCAAUAGAACAUCAGUCCCAACCUAUGAGAGUUGUAUGCCAGGGAAAGGAGAACCACCAUUUUCUAGCAAUAGAAAGAGGAUGGCAAGGCUCUGGAUGCGCCGUCUGCGCCACCCGCCAAGCGGACGGGGACCUCCUCCACCGAGGGUGCUGGGAGCCCGACGGUUUCUGCUCCCGUACUCGCUCGUGCCCCUACCACCGACAGGUAACACAACACUCCACCCGACACACACACACACACACACACACACGCACACUUCUGUUACUCGUCUAGCCCGCCGCCGCCGCCGGUUCCUUUGUUCCGACCGCCGUCUCUGUCCCGCAGUUCGCCGCAUCCUUCCGAUUUGUAUCAGGGAUGGAGCUGCGCCGCGCCGCUGCCCAGACGGCGGCGGAGACGACCGGAUCAGCGCCCUUCCGAACAAAAUGCUACUCCAAAUCCUCAUUCACCUCCGCUGCGCCCGCGCCGCCGCCCACACAAGCUCUCUCUCCCGCAGGUGGCACGGUCUCUGGAGGCACCUCUUCGAGCUCUCCUUUUGUGACAUGCCCUUGGACGCAGUCGACGCCGCCCUCCAACAGGUCGCUUGCCCCGCCCUGUCCCGCCUCGAAAUAGAGAUCCCCGAGAGACACAUGAUUCUGGACCCUGCUCGCGUCUCCGCCCUGCUCAAUGCCGCCGCGGGGCUCGCCCCGGCGGAUCUCAUCAUAGAUGUCUGGGGGCACUGUAAAGAUCGCGACUUUCCUAUCCAGACUCCCUCCUUCGAACGCGCCGCCUCGAUCAAGCUACGUGUGGUCAACCUCUACCUGACUUUACCGGCGGGCGACAACAUCGAGUUCCCUGCGCUGGAGAGAGUGUCUGUCGCCGGCUGCCGCGUCGACAACAUAGCUGAGCUGAUCAGGCGGUGCCCUAACCUGCGCGUGCUAGAGGUAUGCGGGUGUUGGGGCCUCGACACGGUCAAAAUCCACUCGUCGUCGAUCGAGGAGCUUGUCUUGGACAACAGCGGUGUACUGGGUAACCUUGACAUCGUAGCCCCAGUGCUUGAGCGAGCUCGGGUUGCGAGCCACCAUGGGCAGGGACUUCAAUGUGCUGUUCUCAGAGCCGAUGGUACAAUAUCUCUGGUGGUGGUGCUCGUGUGA